CAGAAGCAAUCGGUAUUCACAAUUGACCGACAGUAGAGAGCUCCUCCUGUCGUCUGGACUACAAUGGCUACCCCGGAAGUUCACCACCUCUUUCAUAACCCCAUUGCUGAUCACUCAUUUUCCCCUGAUAAGUCAACGCUUGCAGUUGCUCGGGACAGCAAUGUGGAGCUAUACCAGAAAGCGGGUAACAAGUUCUCGUUAACCGAUGAACUCAAAGGCCAUGAAAAGAUUGUGACAGGUGUUGAUAUCGCUCCUAAUAGUGGCCGGAUUGUUACCUGUUCGCAGGAUCGCAAUGCAUAUGUUUGGGAGCGAACCUCCGCUGGCUGGAAACCGACUUUGGUCCUGCUUCGGAUCAACAGAGCUGCAACCUUUGUGAGGUGGUCUCCAUCCGAACAAAAGUUUGCUGUUGGCUCAGGGGCCCGUGUGAUCGCUGUUUGCUACUUUGAGGAAGAAAACGACUGGUGGAUUUCGAAACACCUGAAGAAGCCUAUACGGAGUACCAUCACCACACUUGCUUGGCAUCCGAACUCUGUUCUUCUGGCUGCAGGCUCGACUGAUUCCCACGCGAGAGUUCUUUCCAGUUACAUCAAGGGUGUUGAUACCCGCCCCGAGCCAAGCGCCUGGGGAGAACGUCUCCCAUUUAACACUAUAUGUGGAGAGUUUUUGAAUGACUCGGCGGGAUGGAUUCAAGGAGUGUCCUUUUCUCCAAGUGGAAACGCGCUUGCAUUCACUGGACAUGACAGUAGUGUCACUGUUGUGUACCCUAGUGCACCCGACCAACCUCCUCGGGCUAUGUUGAACAUCACCACUCGCUUCUUACCGUUCAAUAGUUUGAUCUGGAACGGAGAGAACGAGAUCAUCGCUGCUGGCCACGAUUGCGAGCCGUACCGCUUCCAUGGGGACGAGAAUGGAUGGCAGCUUACAGGAACUAUCGAAAACAAGUCCGGUUCCGGUGCGGGUGCUGUUCGCGAGGAGUCUGCUCUUAAUAUGUUCCGUCAAAUGGAUCUCAAGGGACAGACCCAGGCCGAUACCCAACUCAAGACGGUCCAUCAGAAUACUAUCAACACUGUUCGCAUAUAUGAGGAGGCGAACGGAAAUGUCAGCAAAUUUAGUACGAGUGGUGUUGAUGGCCGUGUGACGUGGAGCACCGGUCCCUUCCUCUCGGAUUCGUGCGGCUACAUCGCAUUGUCCCAUUUCCCACAUGCAAAGCGCAUAAUUGUUGCUUUCCGUGGCACUUAUUCAAUCACAGACACUAUAAUCGAUCUUUCAGCCUAUCCGCAGGCGUACGUACCAUAUAACCCUAAUGGCCGGGAGGAUAAGGAAUUGUUACGGUGUCGUAAUUGCACAGUCCACGCGGGAUUCCUGGCCGCGUGGCUGAACACCCGCCCGAUCAUCCUCAAACAUGUUUCAGCAGCAAGGAAACAGUAUCGUGACUACAAAGUGGUGCUUGUCGGUCACUCACUUGGUGGGGCAGUUGCUGCGCUGGCGGGGCUUGAGAUGCAAAUGCGAGACUGGGAGCCGCAGGUGACGACGUUUGGAGAGCCUAAAAUCGGAAACAAGGAAUUUGUCAAUUUUCUUAACGAGGCGUUCAAGCUCGGGACAGCGUCAUCAUCAGGCAAUGCUCAGCAGUGGCAAUUCCGGAGGGUAACUCACGUGGAUGAUCCUGUGCCUCUCCUGCCACUAGAAGAAUGGGGAUACGAGAUGCAUGCUGGAGAAAUAUUCAUUUCAAAGGCUGUUCUCCCGCCCUCAGAAUCCGACGUUAUAUUCUGCGAUGGGAAUAAAGAUGCGCACUGUAUCACCGGGGAGCAAAGUAACCUGAGAGCCAUGCUUCACGAGAUCAAGUUGAAUGCGGCGAAGCACGAGUGGCGUCAUAGAGUGACAGACCUGACAGAUCAGGUGGUUAGCGACAGAUCUCCAUCGAUGACGGACUCUCAAAGCGACGCCGAAAGGCAACAGAUACCGCUUCGUCUCCCGUGGAACCUUAUUCCUUCCAGAUACCGACUCUGGGAGCUAUUCUUUGCUCACCGAGACUACUUCUGGCGGAUAGGCCUCUGCGUUCCUGGUGGUGAUCCAACAGGCAAAGAAAAAAAUCAUUACUCCUAG